UGUCACUCGUCUGUGACACCUAAUUAAUAGUAGUUCAGCAUUCUCUCUGUCUUCUCCCGGCUCAUUCUUUCCUACUUUUAUUACUUUAGCACCACUGCAUAUCUUAUCAUAUGCGCAUCGCUGCGUCUUUGCCUAUUUUUGCUCUAAUCUAUUUAAGAGCCUUACCGUAUGCCUGGCAUUCAUCUGUUUGUUGUCGUUUCUUCAUGAAGCCUUUGUUUGCUGUCUUCUGUCGUGCAGGCAUCUCCAUGUAUUCAGUGCAAGCCGCUGUUUUGCUUCACCCUUCUUACUGUUCAUUUAUCCCCUACUUGCUGUAUUGUCUUAGCUCUUAUUACCUGCAGUCAUCCGACUCUCGGGCUAGCAUUCUCUGGCACUAUCCAGCUUGGUACCAUUAUCUUAGCACCAUAGCUGCUGCGGUUAGGCCUCACUGCUCUGAUACUCCAAGCAACCUUACUCUACGCUUGCAUUUCGGCUAUUCCCUGCCCUUCCGUCAAUUAAUGUUUCUUAGCCUCUUAGUUCUUCCCUCCUCUCACUUGGUCAGCACACAGACGCCCGUUAGCUUUACAUUUCUAGGUGUUCAUUUCUCACCAUUUUCGUAGUACUCUAGUAUGACUUGUUUCUCUGCGCGACGCUACAUAUACAUUUGUUCCGGACGUUCGCUUUCCUUUAACUGAUCUUUAAUACUUCACUUCUAUCGAUCAAUCCUUUUUCAUCUAGUAAUCUGGGUCCGUUUUUGCAGCAAAGGUUUCGACACUUACCUUUGUAGUAGGUUAGCUUUCAUAGGCUUUUCCUAUUUCAAUAGGCCAUAGCACUAUACUCCUAGUACCCUCGUGUCGUCUUUCUGUCUUGAUCACCCGAUAAUUUUUAUUCAGCGCUUGAUUCCUAUCUAUCCGCUGACUUACCAUCUCUUUCGAUGUAGGCUGGCCACCAGCCGUCUAUCCACCGUUCAAACGCCGCUGGUCCCUGAACUCUGCUUUCUAUCUUUCCACGCAAUAGUCGCAUCAUAGUAAACUGAUACUGCGUCUCUGCUUCAUGGCGCAACGCUCUGUAUUCCUUGUAGAUAGUAGCAAACAACUUAUAGGGCCACUGCUUUCGAAAAAACAUUCAAAAGACACUUUCAGCACAAUCAUUGCUGCACAUUGUACAUCAUUUGUCUUCACUCUAAAUGUUAUAACAUAGGAGUUUAAGAAUGUUUGUUUCCACGCCUGUACGUUGCGGCCUUGGUUGUCUCUCACCUUCCCUUUUCUCCGAGGUUCGGAACUUCCUGGGGAUCUGGGAUUGGACCGAGAAACCGCUUUUGUCCGGGACAGAACAACCAAUAAGGACCUAUGGAGCACAUGGCAGUACAACAAACGGACACAACUGCACUCAUUACCAUGACCGUUGUCCAAUUAUGAUAACUGGACUCGAUAACUUCACACUCCUGAAAAAUCCAGACGCAAGAUUCUUCUUGAAGCCCCCAUCCUCGAUUCGCCUCAGCCAUUAUGGCGGCCUUGCCCAAGAUACCUGCCCAAAUAACAGAGAAAAUUGAAGGUCAUUUGACUGCGGAUAUCUGAGGGUGAAAUCAGUCGGAAACCUGGUCUGCCAGUUAUAUAUUAGUGCACCAACAAAUUUCUGUCAGUGUUCCAGGACGUGGUGGGUUUUCGCCUGGCAAGCGUUCUCCCUAUAAAAAGCCACAAAUGUCCGCAUAACAACACUGCAACGUGGCGGAUGUGACUCGCCACUGAAUAAAGUCACUGCCCAGAACUACCUACUGGCAAGUCGACCAGAAUCAUUAUUCAAUAUUGCCCUGACACUUUCAAUACUAAUUUACACCAUGCCUAUAUGUAUCGUUUUCAUUACACAUGUAGUGCCCUGACUGUUUACACUACACACUCUAGAAUUCAACGUUUCGUCAGUCAUUGAUGACUCUAUCCCUCAUGACUACUUACACAAUUUCCGCAGCCUGUACAACCUUCGGCUUACUGCCGACUACACUCAUAGCAACGUGUUUGUUGCGAAGCAAUAUUGC